AUGGACCGCUGGUGCACAGAUCGCUUUCUCCGUGCGGAUACAAGCCGUCACGCAGCCGCGAUCUGCUCCGACAAUACAUAUUCAACGGGGAAGACGGGUGAACCAUGCGGGCACAUCCAAAGUGGUGCACCAAUAGCGCACGGCGGAGAUGGGCUAUCGUGGAUCAAUCCCAUUUACAGCGCGGCGUACUCUGUAUCCGUUACGCGGGAACAAGUUCCGGCUGAAGCUCGGUAUCAGAUGCCGCCAAUGCACCACUGGCGCACGGCGCAACGCCUCGGCCGAACGGACGGUCAUCCGAUGCUGCACCAGUGGUGCACCAUUGACUCGUAUUGCCGGGCGACCGGUCUCGGUCACGUCAAGAUGAUCACCGAUGUGCACGCCGCGCGGUGCACAACACCUAGCGAGCAAUACCUACCAGAUAUGUGCACACAGUCUCAGCAAGCAGCUGGCGGGAACAAUCACUGUGAGCGCAACACAAGGACACGAACCCUCACCUUAUCACAUUACGUACGGGCGGCUCACGCGUGUCGUGCAGAAGUGCCAGCUUCUAGGGCGGCGCAGUUAAAGCAGGGGCUGAACACAAACUUCCUCUGCUUUUGCUGCUCCAACAUGGUCGGCGUGUACACUCUCGUCGAGCUUCGGGAUCAAAUAAGAAUAUACCGCGCUCGGUUCGGCGAGACGAACGAUGUCCGCGGCCGCAUCCUGACCGACAGUAUCCCCGACAGUUGGACCGAUGACCGUAUGCUCGGCCUUCGUGCAACUGUGCAGAUCGUACUAGACAGCCAUCUCAACUGGGAUGCAAUCGCGGAGUUCUUCGAGGGCGAGUUAUUCACACCGGAAUGGAUCGCGUCACUCGAAACCUGUCCGCCCGCAGUACGCCGCCCGAUGGGGGUGCAAGUAAUCAUGGAUUGGGUGUCUCGCGGUCCAACGAUUCAGACUGACCUCAAGGACUGGCUGGGGGACCACGGCAUUAUGGCGCUGAGGUUUGUGGGUCCGGAGCCCACCGCGGCGAAUUUUGAGGCUAUAAUAGACACGUUGAACCGCCUUCACGUCGGCGCUCGGCUGGGCCGCAGGGUGCACUACCGCGAUGACGGCUCUGACCGCCUGCCCGACGUUAGCGGGCAUCCGGACGACUUUAUAUUCGAGGUUGUGAGUGUGAGCGUACUGAAAGAAAGCCGAAGAGUACUCACCGGUUCAUUAGCUUCUGGACGACAACCGCUGCUUUCGUUGCCGCGAGGUAAGGUCGAAGGUGUGCGCAAUGCACAAUGGUCAGCCGCCGUGUCUCACCUGUCGGCUACUAAAGCAGAGAUGUUCGCGCGAGUCCGUAAAGUGCAUGAUCUCAAGGCAUGUACCGGAGAGCACUCAGGCGUGACGUGCACCACUGGUGCACGACCACCGCGGAGGCCCCGUGCACCGGCUCCGGUCAAUGCUAACCAGCAUGCGGGUGGAAUGAGGACAGAGCUGUACAUACGACCCCGCCGGGCCGCGUUGAGUGCACCGCGAGCCAACAACAGUGCCAUCGACGGUGCACUUAGCUCAGAAUCUCCGAAGACACCGGGUUGCGGGAGGCGAACAAAUCCUCUGAGACUUAUUGUAGAUAAGGCUGCGUUCAUUCUGUCUCACAUGUUAGUAAAUGGCACAGAGAACGGUGUCCGCCAACCUACUCUCAGGGUGUCUGUUCUGAUUCUGGAGAGCGCGAGCUGCACUAAAGUCGAGGGACGCGCGACGCGCCCCACACGUGCUUAUCUUCUUACCCGCAUUCGCGUCAUGACGCAAAUGCGGGAGACACAGAGGAAGACGGCUCACCUGGACGACGAGCCUCAGCCACCGGUUAUCAUUGUUGGUAAGGACGUACGAAAUGGCACGCUAACCCGCGAUUGCGUCAUGGCGCGAUCGCGGGUAAAAUGCCACUGUUCGCUCGCUCAGCUGCUACUUCGGUGGUGCAUCGUUGAGACGGUCACCGCCUCAGGCCCAAAGGAGCGUCUGGACACGGAGCGCUCAUGUGCACGGCGCUUGUCUACGAAUGCGCGGCUACCGGAAGUCUCCGCAAUGCUUCCGCGCCGGCCCCGUGCCCACAGAUCAAGAUCAAUCUCGCGAUCUGUGUUCGUAUCCGGCACGGGCCCACGUCUCCGUUGUGGCUUGACCGUCAGUGCUCCCGUCCCAUCGCUUCCUCGCGCACCUCUGCUCUUCUCGCUCCCUCGCAUCUCUGUGCUCUGUGCUCAUCGCGUGUGCACCAUGGUCGGCCACAUCACAUUCGACGCGUUUCUCACCCGCCUCGGCGCCGCGGCCACGACUCGUGCCCAAGAGCGACGACUCACCGCGUCGACAAAGACGGUCAAUGACGCGGUAAAAUACUCGCUUUUCACGGACGCGGUCCCCACCAAGAACGACUGGGACAAUGAAAACCUCAGGCAGCUGAACCACACGAUCCACGCUGUAGUCAACAGCCCGCUCGACUGGGAAGCGGUCGAGCGUGUC